AACUUGCAUCUCAGCUGCUCGCUCUCGGGCUUAUUAGAAUUCGACUCUUGGCUGAACGCCUUUUGGCCAUGCUAUCCACAGCGACGAACACCACUCAGCCGCCGCCCAAACCCCAGGAGCUGCAUCCUCCUAAAGUGCCUUCCAAGCAUGCACAUCGUGGACAGGAUCAGAAGGAGCCCGUGCAGACGUCGGCACAUCUCCCACUUGCUCCAUCCAAGCAGCCCCCUCCACAAGACCAGCUUCUCACCAAAAAAGUACAGCAACGGUCAGGAGGGCCUAUCAUAAACUGGUUUCAACGUAAGUUGGCCGGUACGGUUAGGCCCAGAAGGGUACGGGACGAAGGCUCUUUGAUGAUGAGUGGUCAGAAACCUCCUAGCACCAAUAGCCACCGUCAUCUCAGUCCCUCUGCAGCGUUUGGGCCCAACGGACGCUCUGCGUCUUCCGCCUUGCCGCAUGGCACGAUUCCUUUAUCCCAAAAGCAUGGAAUCGGUAUGAAUAGAAGGGGGGUAGCAUCAACUGUACCUUAUCGAAGAACGAUAUCUCUGAAUGACGCGGACACUGACAACGCUGUCACAUUUUCCAACGAUGAAGACAACUUAGAUGCUGUAACGCGUUGUUCAUCCCUUGCUCGCGACUCGAUGUGGUCUCCUGCAAGCGCACUGGAAGCUGACGAGGAUGCAUCAUUGCGUCCAUUUCCACCAAGCACACCUCCUUCACCGUCCCCUUCCUACUCCUCAUCGUCUUACUUGUCCAAUCCGCGGACCUUUAGAAGCAUCGCCGCGAGCACGAAGCCGACCACUGUCCUUAGCAUUGAUCUUCCACCAGCAGGGAUUGGCCAUAUUGCACAGGUUCCUUCGACGCCUACUCAGUUAGCGCCACGCCAUGGUUCUCACACCAGAUCGUCCUCGACGGGCGUAAAUGGAGGUUUAGUCAACAACGGUGCAUCAAUCACAUUCUCCACUCUACCCCUUUCUUCACAGCCUCAGGCGUCACCCGAGACAAAUGCCAGUCUUGGUGCGUCCUCCUCUAACACGGCAGCCCACGGAACCACCUUCAAUGGUUUGCAACCUCCGCUCCAUACCGCUCAUCAUCCUCGAAAUAAUCCCCGUCCUUGGUCGCCUCCACUUGACAAUGCUUCGGUAUUGACGCUUGCCUCCUCUACUUUUGCUAUUCCCGGAGCACGCAUGACUAUGGGCUCCAUAGGCUCUACAGUCCUCUCGGGUUUAGUCGGGGGCGGUGAUUCUAUAUCUCAUCUUGGUGGGAGCAUGGUCAGUGAUCCAGAAGGCGAGAACAUGAGUCAACUCUCAGGGGACGACGAUCGCCCGGAAGUCGACGGAGAGCGCGAUGCUGAUGCCAGUGUACGUGCCUUGAGGCCGAGGAGUUCCAGAAGGGGUAGUUGGGAAAGCGAGGUCAGUAGAUGGAGUGCGAAAGUACUUGGUGCUGGCGCAGGCAUCAGUACCGGAAGUAAAAGCCUUUGGACAAGCAAUAGUCUGAAGACGGGCGAACUGGUUGGAGUAGAGGAUGAAGAGGAUGAGAAAGUUGUGAAGAGCGAGGAGCUUGGGGAAGGUCUUACGCGGGAACCUUCGAAGCGGCGAGACCGGGUUCCUGUGAAUAUCCCCGAGACGGCUGGUGGAGGAAAGGCGGGCGAGGUAUCGACAGAGAUCUCGCUGGCAUUAGGGAGAGCAGCAGGUCAGCCAUUUGUAGAGACGUCUUCAGAACCAUCCGCCAUCUGUAAGUAAACUCUCUCUGGCGCCACUCUAUCACCUCGUCGGUAUAUGAUACACCUUCGAUCCGCGGGGGAACCAAUACCUCCGUUUUUUGUUUCGUCGUAAACUACUCGUUACAUGUAGGAUGUAUGCUACAAUGGAUGUUUUUUUCUUCCAACCAAGGGUGGUCUGCUAAUUGAGCGCCUCAUGAUGGCAUGGUG